CUAUCGUUCACAUGGUGAGCGCGGAACACCCAAAUUAUUUCCCUCUGACUGCCCGUUUUGACUUACGAUGAUCAGUACGGAAGGUGCUGAAAGUGGAGGGGACCAGCCCUGCUUUCGGCUGGAACCGUUGAACACGCACCUACCCGGCAAAGCGGGUGACAGCCACCUUCUCUUCGGGGACAUGGACACCACCUCCAAAGUGACGGCCAACGGUGUGCAAGACAUUGAGGAUAGAAUUCUGCGGAUCACUGGUUAUUACGGCUAUUACCCGGGCUACUCCAGUCACAGAAGAGAGGAGGGUUCUGAGUCUCAUGCGGACACACCAGGCAGUGAGGCCAGUGAAGAGGGGAAAUCGUACCAGACAUGUGCUAACACAGUGCUGAAGGUGCUGGGGGGCCUCCUAUUGGUCCUAUGUGUCUCCUCCUCUUGGGUGGGCACCACUCAGCUGGUCCAGCUCACCUUCAAGUCCUUCUCCUGCCCCUUCUUCAUCUCCUGGUUCAGCACCAACUGGACCAUCCUCCUCUUCCCUCUCUACUACGGAGGCCACGUGGUCACCACCAGGGACAAGCAGACGCCUAUACAGAAAUUCAGAGAGUGCAGCAGGCUUUUUGGGGAGGAUGGGAUGACCCUCAAGCUGUUCCUGAAGAGGACAGCUCCCUUCUCCAUCCUGUGGACCCUGACUAACUACCUGUACCUGCUGGCCCUGAGGAAGCUGACCGCCACUGAUGUCUCAGCCCUCUACUGCUGCCACAAGGCCUUCGUCUUCCUACUGUCCUGGAUCGUCCUAAAGGACCGCUUCAUGGGUGUACGGAUUGUGGCGGCCAUAAUGGCCAUCACAGGCAUCGUCAUGAUGGCUUACGCAGAUGGUUUCCAUGGGGACUCCAUCAUAGGCGUGGCCUUGGCUGUAGGCUCCGCGUCCACAUCGGCUCUCUACAAGGUGCUGUUUAAGAUGUUCCUGGGCAGUGCCAACCUGGGUGAGGUGGCUCACUUCCUCUCUACCAUGGGUGUCUUCAAUCUCAUCUUCAUCUCCUUCAUCCCCCUCAUCCUUUACUUCACCAAAGUGGAGCACUGGGGCUCUCUGUCCUCGCUGCCCUGGGGAUACCUGUGUGGCCUGGCUGGGCUCUGGCUGGUGUUCAAUAUCCUGGUUAAUGUUGGCGUGGUGCUUACCUACCCCAUCCUCAUCUCUAUAGGGACAUUGCUCAGUGUGCCCGGCAAUGCAGUGGUAGAUGUGUUGAAACAUGAGGUGAUCUUUAGUGUGGUGCGUCUGGCUGCCACCUGCAUCAUCUGCCUUGGCUUCCUGCUGCUGCUGCUUCCUGAGGAGUGGGACUCCGUCAUGCUGCGCUUCCUCGCUGCAUUCAAGAAGUCUGAGGAGCAUGGAGAGGAGCUGACUGAUUCCAGCAUCCACACACGCAGCCGCAGCCAAGCCAAUGGCGCCGUCUCAAUCCCUAUGGCAUGACCCCCGACCCUGUCAGCUCCCAUGAUCCUCCAAAGGCCCAUUCCAUCAUCAACCCCUAUCCUCGCACGGUUCUACAUGUCCCAUCCGGGAAGCAUGGCGGGAUGACUCCUGUGCUGACUACAGACCAGGAAGUCCAAAAUCAGGAGAACAGGAAGUGUUUCUAUGGCUGAGAGAAACUGUUGUGGAGUUGAAUCUCCUCUGUCACUUUCCCCAGGAACUAAUGGGGAGUUAAAAAGAGAACCAUACUGCUGAUUUUGCUGAGCGUAAAGUUGGAAAGUCUUGAACUCCUUGCCACACCCAGUCUUGCCCCUAGACCACAUAAGCCCAACCUUUAACCUGCUCCACGGACUGUAUUCUGUGAAUAUAAAUAUUGACAGGGCCAGUUUGGCUCAAUCUUAUGUGCAUUUAUUGAAUUUACUCAGAGGUGUAUCAAUAGAGUAUUUACAUUUGACUUCUUAUAUAGUAUUAUAUACAGGAAUGGGUUGGGAAACAUAUGCUGAACAUACAGCCUCUUUUUCUUUUUUAAUAAAAGUCAAAUAAAGACCAAUAACUUCUUGAUCAGAUCGUCUCAUAAACACAACCUUUAAAAACAUGCUAUGUUCAAGACAGGAAAAUUAUUGCAAUGGCUGUAAAUGGAUAUUUCAGUUAUCAAUAGCCACUGAAGUGGAUCAGGUCCACAUUCGACAAAGCAGAGCUUCUGAGGACUCUCUCCAUAAAGCCAGGGCCUUCAUAUCAUCCUAUUACAUCACCUCUGCAUAGGCCACGUACGUGGCACACAGACAGCAGGUUCAUGUUUAUAUGUAUAACUAGCUGCACAGUAGAUCUGCUCACAUAUGUCACUACCAUGUCUUCGGACCUGAUUCAUCUUAGUCCCAAACAUAUCCAGCAGCAUGUAGUGUGAUUCAUCCAGUCUUAGUAAUAAUGUAUUUAAGUAAUUCUGCAGGGAUGACAGACUCUCCUCUGUCAUCCAUUCCUCUCUCUACUCCCCCUGCUCACUUACACAGAGAUCUCUGGUAAUUAGGUGAUGAAGGCUUUUAUGGCCCAGCAGCAGCCUAGCACUGAUUCAGCUGCAGGUAGCACACAGCUCCUCCUCAGCCAGUCCGUGAUAGCUACCAGGCAAAACAGCCUUUCAGUGGGAUAGAAAUAGAAUGAAACCAAAAUGAAAGAUGGAAUAACUAAAUUCAUUUCAGGGCACUUGAAUUACUUUAUUCCUAGAGACGAAGUGGAGUGUGUUUGUUGGAAGUAAUCUGUUCUCCUCUGAGGCUGUGAGACAGAGCUCAGUCCCCAGUCAGUGCUGUGAUGACUGGUGUGCUGUCAGUGAGACAUGACCUCUAAUGAAGCGUUUGCUGAACUGACAGAUUCAGACACUCUGUUGUGGAUGCUGCCUCAUUAAACCAAAUGAGCGAGAAAAGAGGAGGUGAAGGAAUGUAGGGAGGGGUUUAAAUCCUCAUUACUGAUGAUUUUCACAUCCACACACUGAGACAGAACAAAGUACAGCAUCUCCAUGUUAUGCUGGUAGUCCGAACUCUCUUCAUCAUUUGAAAAGUAAUUCUCAAAACUUGUACCUUUAUUUCUAUGUCCUGCUGUGAAUUACUUCCUUGUUGGAAACUGAAAGUAUAGUGUAUGUUGUCGAAGCAGAUUCUGUAAAUGAUCUAUUAUUAUGCCUGAACAGUUUGGAGCGUGGAGGGGAAGAGGUAUGGGGCUAGAAAAAAAGCAGGGUCUUUCAAGCAUUAACUUGGAGUUACAAAGUAACCUGUAGGGAGAGUUGUCAUAGAAACAGCUCAUUAUAAUGAAAAAUGAAAAGUAUAAAGACAGGGAUGGGGGCACAGACCUUCCAUUUUAACCACAACUAAAACUGUUACCUCACUUGUACAGCUGCAACAUACAGAAUGGAGACCUGAGAUGUAUGCCACCACAACUGACUAGGGGAGUUAUUGUGUAACUAAGGGUGUCAUACCAACGGGCUAUGCUAAUUUAUCAAGAAAGAAAAGUAAACUACAGUACAUCAAGAACUGUAGCAGCUGGUGGCGGAGCAUUAAACACCACAUACAGCCAAACGAAUGAGAGAACAUGAGCGGAGGACUCAAAACAAGUGAGGUGAGACAAGUUCUUCUGAUUUCAACACUGAAAGUAACUUAGACCGUCCGGAUUUCAUAAUAUUAACAAACCCAAAUUAGAGUGUGAUUGCUUGGCUCAUCAACAGACUUUCGCUAAAAGCAUAGCAUAGCAUAGCAUAGCAGCCUAACGGCCAUAGCAGAGGGCUAGUGGUGGACUAUGGGCUCUACAGGAUCCAGGUCCAGGCUGAGUCAGGUGGCCCCAUGUCACAGUCAGCCAGAGGGAGACCUGGACCAGCAGGCCAGUCAUCCCACCUCACAAUGGACCAUCUCUGCUGUGCCAACCCCACUGGAGCCACAACAUGGGCCCCUAGGACAUAGUAGGACUAUCAUGCUGCCCCCACUGAAACUGGAAAAUUCUGCAAGCUUCCCCCCACUAUCUACAGAAUCAUCAUAUGUAGCAAGCAGCCUUCCACAGAGUCAAAGCAACAUUUGGGGACCAAGCAUCAUUCAUUCUCAUCCACCACGAAGACUACAGGCGUUGCAACCACUGGCCCCUCUUAGUGCAGGCCUCAAGGUUACUGCCAAUCACAUGGCCAUGGGCAGAGACAGGAGAGAUGGGGGUGUCCUCCACUUUUCUACCCCCAGCCAGGGUGCACACGAUGGCACUGGCCGCCAUCCGCAGGGAGGACUCCUGGAGGCACAGAUGGUCCUCAGUCAACAGGCCCAGCGAAGAAGGAGAGCCCACCAGAGACGAGUCCGAGAGCAGCGGGUCCACGAGAGGACAAUCUACAUAGAUAAUGUUGAAGCACCAAGCAGCAGAGGGAUACAGAGACUGCAUCUGCUAAACAGGCCAACCCAAAGGGACAUAUUUUGGGAUGAGAUGACAGGAGAGAGUCUCGACCUCCAGGAGAUCCUCCAAACAAGCCCCCUUCCCCUGGAGCAGGGAGAGAGACAGCAGUCCCAGCCUAGACCACCACAGUGCCUGUGUAGGGAUGAAGAGCUGAUCAACAGAGACUUGGCAUGGGGAGGCCUCAGGAGUCCUCACCGGAAAACCAAUACUCUCACAGACAGAGUAGAAGGGGAGACAGAUGGUGGACUGACCAUGAGGAAAACCUUACCUUCAAUGCUGGACUGGAAGACAGAGAAACAAAGAGAUACAAUUCCCAAACACUUGAGCUCUUUUGGGGAUAGUGAGAGGGCUAGAGUAGGAGGCCUCAGAGGCUGGCAGAGAGAGGGCAUUAGAGGUCUAUAUCAUGGGGAGAGAGGGAUUUGGGAACCUGACCUGGAGUAGGAGCUGUGAGAGGUUUACUAAUCUGGAUUAGAUCGGAUCUCCAAUCUCAGUUUGCGAAAUGCUAAUGGUGUAUAGGUGGUCACUUCAUUUUGAAAAGCAGAAAUUGUAGCUCAUUUAUCUUUUAAACUGUUAGCAUUUUUACUGUAUGAUCACAUGGCAAACUAAAUAUUGGUUUGUCAUAACCAAAGUAUUUCAGAGAAUGUGUCCACCACCAGUGUUAAACUAUCACCUGAAUGUAUUCAUAGGAUUGCUUCAUUAGAAUAGCAGAUGUGGUUAAAAUAAGUCUCAUUGUGGGAACAAAUCUGUUUUCCAUAACAAAUAAAUGUGUUUAUGAAAGUGAAUCAGUGUGUUUUUAUUCCAGCCUGUUUGAAGGCAGUGUGUGGCGCCCUCUAGGGAUGAUAGUGAUACUACAGGUGUGGAAAGGUCUAAAAUUAGCUUGAUGUAACACCAGCUUAAUGUUCAUAAGGUGAGAAAGCACAUUAAAAAAAUAAUACAUUUG